AUGAGGAUAGAGAAGUGUUAUUUGUGCUCCUCCCCUAUAUAUCCUGGUCAUGGAAUUCAAUUUGUCAGAAACGAUAAUACAGUUUUCAAAUUCUGUAGAUCAAAAUGUAACAAAUUGUUCAAGAAGAAGAGAAACCCAAGAAAGUUGAAGUGGACUAAAGCUUCUCGUCGCGCUCGUGGAAAGGAGUUGGUUAAUGACCUCACCCAACUCAUGGAACAACGACGUGACGAACCUAUUAAAUACGAAAGAGAAAUCUUCGAAAAAGCUAAAGAUGCCAUCAAGACUAUCACAACUAUCAGAAAGAAACGAUACGGCACUCUCAUUUCCAAGUCUCUUGAAAAGGGAAAGAAGGUCAUGAAGGCUGGCAUGAUCAAGAAGGCAGAAACCAAGUUACACAUGAUCAGAGCUCCAGUUGCCAACGAUGCUGGAUUGAAAACCAAAGCAGCACAAAAGAGAAAAGCCCAGGCCCUACAGGCAGAGAAAAUGGAAACAAACUAA